AUCACCAAACAUGCCUUACGAACCACCUGAGGGCAGUGUUCUGCCUACCACCACUACAGCCUCAAAUCUCCCUGAGGUUUCUGGCCUGCGCGAUCAGAUCUUCGGUAAUUUCUUUGGUCGUCACUUGCAGNGCAACGCCAACGCUCUAUUCCCCGACAGAAGCCAGAAGAUCGACAUUAUCGUCACCAGCGCCGAGUACCCAGAGAGCGGCUACUAUGGCGCUCGCCUGGUUGACAUCAACGAGCGCGUUCUACUCCUUGGCAGACAGUAUGCCUCGUCUCUUCCCGAGGCGCUCGGCCAACUUCUACAGGAGACUUGCGAUGCCAUUCGCGACGCCUACCUCCUCCAGAACUACACCGCACUCUACCCAAGCUUGACC